AUGUUUGCUCCGUCGCGGUCGAGCCACGGGACACAUGCGACUCAUCUGCCUCAUCCAAGCCAGUCGAGCGCUGCGGGAGAAUUGCAAGCUAUUCUCGCUGUUUGGGAAGCUGAGAAUGAUAAUGCUUCAUUCAGUGCCAAACUAUCUAUUAUCAGACUUUCGGAAUUAAUAGAAGAAGCAACUGAUGAUUUUUUGAAGCAAGACCCUGACCCUUUAGAUGGUCGUCAUCCGGCUAAAACAUAUCCUUCUUGUAUCCUGGGCCACCUGCUAAAAGUUAUCAGUCGCUACGAAGAAUUCAUGAACAAGCUUCUUGUGUCUUAUUUGAUGUCGCGCGAUGAUGUUGAAUUAAAUAUUGCCUCUGCAAGAUUGUUGCUCAAUAUUAUUCCCGGUUUAGAUUCUACUGUCUUAUCCGAGCCAGAAGGUUUGAUACCGCAACUUUAUAGAUGGGCAGAAAACGAUGCAACCAAUUGUUAUUUGAGGGCGUACUCUUUUGGUCUGCUUGCAGCCGCCUUAGAUGUAACAAGUGUUGCAAGUAGUCUUAAAUUAGAAAAUUCUGCUCUCAUUCCAAUUGCACUACGACGUUUAAAGGAUUUGUUUGAACAAAUGGAAAAAGAGAAACAAGAAACUGCGGAAAUAUCAGAACCAGAUAAGGAAAAUAAAGAGGAAAAUGUUGAAGAUAGUGGUCCAUUUGCUGGUAUGCCCCGAGAAAUAUUCCAUAGCGGUGAAAGACCUUCACUGGCUGAUGUUUUAAAGGAACGCGAAACAGCAAGGUACUGUGGAGAGGAAGCGUCAGGGCCAUCUGUUGCCGUUAUUGCGAACAAUUUUACUGGAUCAUUGUACAGUGAAGAAAGAAAAUCCAUCCUAAGAAUAUGUGAACCGAUCUACGAAUCUUCUGUAUCCGAGAAUCUAGAACUAUCCGUACCACCGCGGAAAAAAGUUAGACUGGAUAGAGAACAACAUGCUAGUUUUUAUGAAACUCGUUGCUCAAGCACAUCGCUGGGAUCAUUUAUUGAAGGAAAGAGUAAUAGUCAGUGGGCUGUAAUUCAAAAACGACGUCUGGGAGAAUACCGAAUCUUUCCUUUAACAACUGUUAUGGAACAGCGCCUAAUUAUUCAGUAUCUUACACCUAUUGGAGAAUAUCAGGAUGUGCUGUAUUUGCUUCUUUCUUGCGAUAGUUUACUACCGAGUAUUUCACUUUUGAAAGAAACUUAUGAGAAUCGUUCAUUGGAUCUUGUUCUACGCUAUUUGGAAGGUGCUCGUAAUCACGAUAGCCGUCUCAUAUUUGAUGUUUUAAAGUAUCUUGCUGGUCUUUUGGUUCAUCGUAGACUCGCGCUGGAUUUUGUGGCCGCUGGUGGUGUAGAUCUUUUGAUUCGUAUAGAACGUGAUUCACUGGCAUCAGUUGUUGUUGGAACAUGUCUUUAUUAUUUGGCUUAUAAUGCAGAUGCAAUGGAAGGUGUUUGCCUUUUGCCGGAACAAACUCUUAAUGAACUCGUCCACUACGCGUUGUGGCUUUUGGAGCAUAGUUAUGAAAGUGGUCGUGCUGGAUCGUCAAUGUUUUUUACUCAUGCAUUCCAAUUUCGACCUGUACUUGAACGAUUCGAUGAUUAUGAUGGGCCUCGACGCCUGUUUAAUUAUAUUUCGACCUUAACCCUUUUGCAAGAAGAUUCGGAUACUGUUCUUUCUGAUGAACAUCUCUAUACCAGUAUGCAAGCUAUUCGAAAUACUUGCAUGGCUUUUAGAAGUUAUAUGGCUGCCCACAUUUUUGUCAAAGUGGAACAUCUGAAGCGAACACAUGUAUCUCGAUUACAGUGUCUCAGGGAUAUCGUCAUCCCUUCGUGUGUUCAUGGUUUGCCGGCUAAUAAGGGGAUGCAUCUGGAUGACGAAAAUUUGAAAACUUGCGUUUGGAUUCUGCUGCAUACUUUGAGUUUGCAUUCAUCUUGGCGACCUGUUGAUGAAUUGAAACGUUUAGGAGUUAUUCGCACUAUGUAUUUCCUAAUCGGUACAGCUAAUUCCUGGAAUGGUGGUUCAAAAGUUGAAAUUCUUAAAAUGUCUCUUGAUGUUCUGUGGAUGUGUUCUGCCGUCCCUCGGAUUCAGAUGGAUAUUUGCGAGAGUACAUUGAAAAUACGAGACCAAAAUGUUGAAUCUCUCGGAGUAAUUUUGGAACUUUGCGAAGGCGAAAUGAUAGCAGACUCUGAAGUUCAGUUCGCUGCUUUGAGGGUGAUAAUAAAUUGUGUGUGUGCUCCACUGGAACGGCAUAGUGGACGAUUAGCUUUAUCGCCUUCAACUAGUGACACUUUAGUACACGUCUCUGAUUCUCGAAUAAGCUGUCGAAGUGUCGGGACGCCUUAUAAAAUACGAAAACAAAAAAAAGCACAGAUGGAAUUUUUUCUGGAAAAAGUGUGGAGUGCUAUUCGAAGAAAUAAUGGAAUUAUGAUCUUGAAAAAAUUAUUGUACACAGAAACGCCAAUCACAGAAGCGGAUGCGCUUCGUGGGAUUGCGUGUCAAAUUCUCAAUGGUUUAGCACGUUCCGAAAAUGUUCGUCAAAUCCUCGAAGUAAUGCCACUCAUUGCAAACAGCGAGCUUUGUGGUCUAAUGCGUGAGCCGGUUCUGCAGGAACGACGUGCUGAACACACUCGGUUUUGUGAACAAGCUCAUUUGCUGAUUGAGAAGAUCACCAGAAAACGAAUCCAUGAUUUUCCGAAAGAUCUGACGAAAGAAAAACUUUGGAAAUGGCAUAUCGUUGCUCAUACCAAAGUUGUUUACAAUGACAAAGAACUACUACAACUAAUACAUCAACAUCUGAUUAAAAAGGGUAUGCUCAAAACAGCGGAGAAUUUAAAAGAAGAAGCCAAUUUACCUGAUAUACCCGCAAGCCGUGUCUCCACUCGUCUGCUUUCUAUCGGUCCAUUGCCAAAAUGUUUUGGCAACACUUUUUCUGAUGUCGACAGCGAUAUUGUGUUAGGGAAAACUUUGGUUUUGAGCACUUUCGAUGGCAAUAAUCGGCGUCGAAGAAGUGAGCGGUUAACAGCACCCAUCAUUACGGCAGAACACACGCUUCUUAAUGAACAGCAAGAUCAGAUAGCUUCCUUAUCCUCGACACCCAUGUCAAAAUCAACAAAGGUGUUGAACAUUGCUGGACGUCGUCAUUGUGAUGGAAGCUCACCAGGAACAUCUUUUCUAAGUUACUAUUCAACAGACCUUAGAAAACCUGAGGUUACGGACAGUACCGAAAGCUCCACAAACCCUCAGUUGUCGUCGGCAAUGCCGGUUCCUCCAAAAGAUCUUGACGAAAUCGUUACAGAUUUUUUCAGAAAGCAACAUUCGGCAUGUUGUAAUCCGAUAUCUACAUGUCCUCCCUUCUCGCUUUACUAUCCACACCACUGUCCGGAACCACAACGUAAACGCUUUGCUCCAAAAAAUAUUGCUAAUCGAUUUUUAAGCCGUCCGUUAAUUUCGGCUGCGUGGAAUCGGGAAAGGUUCAGAGAGGACAUUCAUUUUGCUUUCAGUCGCUUUCGUCCAGUGCGAUCAUUUACGGAAAGCGAGGAGACAUUUACUUGCUGCAGUUUUUCGAUUGAUGAUGAACACAUACUGUUAGGUUCUUAUGCUGGAGCACUGAACUGGUUUAAUAUACAUACUGGUGCUGAAGAAUCGAACACCGAGUGCCAUCACAGUGCAAUUACUGGUAUCGAACAGUCAAAAGAUGGUUCACUAUUGCUUACUUCAUCGGCUUUUGUGAAGCCACUUUCUUCGCUUUGGCGUAUUGGUGAGACACAGGAACAUAUGAUCAAUUUUCCGGAUGAAUACUUUGUUGAGUUCAAUAAAACAGUACAAGAUCGUAUCAUCGGAACGCAAGGGAGUAAAGCAACGAUUUAUGAUACGGAAACUGGUCGAGCUGUGGUUCGCCUUUUUGAUGAAACUUUGGCAAAUAAUUAUACCCGUAACAAGGCAACAUUUGACCCGAGAGAUGAAUUGAUAUUAAAUGAUGGUAUAUUAUGGGAUCCGAGAUUGGGGACAAAAAUAGUGCACAAAUUCGACAAAAUGAAUGCUAUUAAUUGUGGUAUGUUCCACCCACGUGGAAACGAAGUUAUCAUAAAUUCUGAAGUGUGGGAUGUGCGAAAUUUCAAAUUGCUUCAUAGUAUCAGUGCACUCGAUCAAUGUAAAAUUGUAUUUAGCGGUGGUACAGAUGCUAUUUAUGGAUCUACAUAUUUGGAUGUAGAAGAAAUAGAUGAUCGCUUUCGUCAAACAUUCGCUUGUUCAUUUCGAACUUUCGAUUCCACUACCUACAAGGUAAUUACAACAGUGGAUGCAAAACGAGCUUUAUUCGAUUUUUGUGCUGAUCAUAACGAUCAGUAUAUGGCUUUGAUUGAAGCUCAUGGAAAUGCUGAUGAUUUGUUGGAGUUGCGAGAAAAUGUUUGCCGUCUCUACGAGGUUGGGAAACGCCGUGAAGCAGACGAGUGUGAUGAUGAACAAGAAGAAACAGGUGAUGAUAAUGGAGAUGAUGAUAUGGGCUCAUCAAGUGAAAUGGAUACAUCGCUUGGUGAUACAACUGCUACGGAUUCUUCAUCAGAAGAGAAUUCUGAUGAAGAAAGUGAUGAGUCCUUAUAUGAAUCAACACAUAGUCUUAAUGGCAGUUUAAAUGAUGAAGAUGAACAGUGGGCAGAUGAUGACGGUCACAUUUCGGAAAAUGGCGAAAGUUCAGAACGAAGUAAUGGUGUUCUGCUGAGGAUUGGUGAUCGUGAAGCACUAAACAUUGUUUUUGAUCCAGGCACAAACCGGCGAGAUAUUCGCUUACUGCAAGCUUUGGCGGUGGAUUCAGACAGCGAUACAGAAGUGGAUGUGAGCUACAAUCCUGACGAUGACUCAGCCAAUGCUGAUAUGCAUCCAGGUUCAAGUUCAAUAGUUUUAAAUCCGAUACUUCGAAGACAGCGAAGAGCUGAACGGGAAUAA